AUGUCAACUCCUCCUAAUUCUGCUGAUGAUCAAGUGGAACUGUUUAAAGUAAAGAAAUUGAUUAAAUCUCUUCAAGCAGCACGAGGUAAUGGUACGAGUAUGAUUUCUCUUAUUAUUCCACCCAAGCAGCAAAUUCCAUUGGUUGCAAAAAUGUUGUCGGAUGAAAUGGGUACAGCUUCAAAUAUUAAGUCACGUGUGAAUCGUUUAUCCGUCUUGGGAGCGAUUACGUCAACACAACAACGUUUAAAAUUAUACAACAAGUGUCCACCGAAUGGAUUAAUUAUCUAUUGUGGUACGAUUAUUACGGAUGAAGGCAAAGAAAAGCGUGUGAAUAUUGAUUUUGAACCGUUUCGACCGAUUAAUACGUCACUCUAUAUGUGUGAUAAUAAAUUUCAUACGGAAGCAUUGGGUGAAUUAUUACAGGAUAAUGAUCGUUUUGGUUUUAUUGUCAUGGACGGAAAUGGAGCGCUCUAUGGUGCCGUAUCGGGCAGUAAUCGUGAAGUUUUACACAAGUUUUCGGUAGAUUUACCAAAGAAACAUGGUCGUGGUGGUCAGUCUGCAUUGCGUUUUGCACGACUGCGUUUGGAAAAGCGUCAUAAUUAUGUUCGCAAGGUGGCGGAAACUGCCACGCAAAUGUUUAUCACGAACGAUCAGCCCAAUGUUUCAAAUCUUGUGCUAGCAGGUUCGGCUGAUUUUAAGAAUGAACUGAACGGUAGUGACCUGUUUGAUAAGCGACUAGCAGCCAUUGUAGUCAAAGUUGUGGAUGUGUCGUAUGGUGGUGAGAAUGGAUUCAACCAGGCCAUUGAGCUAGCUGCUGAGACACUCACUAACGUCAAGUUUGUUCAGGAGAAGAAACUCAUUGUUAGCUACAUGGAGGAGAUUGCGCAGGAUUCGGGCAAAUACUGCUUUGGUGUGAGUGACACGAUGAAGGCGCUUGACCUGGGUGCCGUAGAGACGCUGAUCCUGUGGGAAGAUCUGCCGCACCACCGCUAUGUACUCCGUAACGAGGCCACUGGAACCGAGUCGGUGAAGAUUCUGUCGCCGUCCGAGGAGACGGUGGACUCGAACUUUUUAGACUCGGAAACAGGCGCGAAGCUAGAAACUGUGGAGCGUACGCCUUUGGUGGAAUGGUUUGCUAACAACUACAAGCAGUUUGGCACGACGUUGGAGUUUGUCACGGCUCGUUCGCAAGAAGGCUCACAGUUUUGUCAGGGUUUUGGUGGCAUUGGCGGUAUUCUCCGAUGGAAGGUGGACUUUAUGGAGAUGGACUACGAGUUUGACGACGAUGAUGAUUUUGACGAGGACGCGUUCAUGUAG